CCUUCCUUGUUAUCCAUUGCGCUCCGGAUGGCUCAGCCUUACUCAGAUUCAGACCAAACGCUUCCUAGUGAGAGAGAAAGAGAGCAGAAGAAGAUGAUGGAAGGAGGCGGGAUGACUAAUGAGUACACUCAAGACGGAACUGUGGAUCUCAAAGGAAAACCUGUCCUUAGAUGCAAACGAGGUCGCUGGAAAGCUUGCUCCUUCGUCGUUGUGUACGAGGUAUUUGAAAGAAUGGCAUAUUAUGGGAUUUCAUCCAAUCUGAUAGUGUAUUUGACAACCAAGCUCCACCAAGGCACCGUAGCUUCAUCCAACAAUGUUACUAAUUGGGUCGGCACCAUCUGGAUCACGCCUAUUCUUGGCGCGUACGUUGCAGACGCUCAUCUGGGCCGUUAUUGGACUUUUCUCAUUGCCUCCAUGAUCUACCUCUCCGGAAUGUGUUUGUUGACAAUAUCAGUUUCAUUACCUUCACUAAAGCCACCAAAAUGUACAGAAAAGGAUUUAACAAGCUGCCAAAAAGCCUCCCCAUUACAACUUGCUGUGUUCUAUGGGGCCUUAUACACUCUGGCAAUAGGAACUGGGGGGACCAAGCCGAACAUCUCCACCAUUGGAGCAGACCAGUUUGAUGAUUUUGAUCCAAAAGAGAAGUCCUCGAAGCUCUCAUUCUUCAACUGGUGGAUGUUUAGUAUCUUCUUUGGAACUCUCUUUGCAAACACUGUCUUAGUUUACAUUCAAGACAAUGUUGGGUGGACUUUAGGGUAUGCCCUUCCAGCUGUAGGGCUUGCAAUCUCCAUUUGCAUCUUCUUGACUGGCACACCAUUUUAUAGGCAUAAAUUGCCCACUGGGAGUCCCUUCACAAGAAUGGCUAGGGUUAUAGUGGCUGCUCUCAGGAAAUGGAGGGUCUCUCUUCCAACGGAUCCUAAAGAACUUUAUGAGCUUGAUUUGCAAGAGUAUACUAAGAAAGGAAAGUUUAGAAUUGACUACACUCCCUCACUCAGGUUUUUGAACAAGGCAUGUGUGAAAAGAGGUUCAGGAACUAGUCCAUGGAUGCUAUGCACAGUCACCCAAGUGGAAGAAACAAAGCAAAUGCUAAGAAUGAUACCAGUCUUGAUUUGCACAUUUGUUCCAAGCACCAUGCAAGCUCAAACCAAUACGUUAUUUGUUAAGCAAGGGACUACUCUUGAUAGACACAUUGGUAGCUUCAAUAUCCCUCCUGCAAGCUUAGGAGCAUUCAUCACGUUAUCCAUGUUAAUCUCAGUUGUUCUCUAUGACCGUUACUUUGUGAAGAUCAUGAAGAAGAUAACCAAAAACCCUAGGGGCAUUUCACUUCUUCAGAGAAUGGGAAUUGGGUUAACAAUCCACAUUAUGAUUAUGAUCACAGCAAGUUUCACUGAGAGAUAUAGACUUAGUAUGGCAAGAAAAUAUGGGGUUGUUAAGAAUGGAGCUCAAGUUUCUUUGAGCAUAUUUAUUUUGCUUCCUCAGUUUAUUCUUAUGGGAAUUGCUGAUGCAUUGUUGGAAGUUGCAAAGAUUGAGUUCUUCUAUGAUCAGGCCCCAGAAAACAUGAAGAGUCUUGGGACUUCAUAUUCUAUGACUACUUUAGGUGCUGGGAACUUUCUUAGUACUAUUUUGCUAUCAACUAUUUCAAAAAUCACCAGCAAUAGUCAUAAUCAUCACUAUGGAUGGAUCUUGAACAACCUCAAUGCUUCUCAUCUUGAUUACUAUUACGCAUUUUUUGCAGUACUGAAUCUAUUAAACUUCUUCUUGUUCAUUGUUGUGACCAAGUUUUAUGUGUAUAAAGCUGAAGUAUCAAAUUCUAUCCAAAUGCUCACUCAAGAACUGAAGGGGGAACAGUGAGUCCAAGGGAUUAGUUAGUUGGUUUAAUUUGAUUGAAAAUAAUGAUAUAGUUCUUGGGAUCAUGGUGAAUGAUUGAGUGUUUAAUUCUAGUAUGCCCUUGUUAAAUGGUGACUUACAUGAGAAUGUAUGAAGGAGGAAAAAAAGAAUUA